AUGAUUCAGCGGUUAUUUGUUGUUGAUUUGGAGCGUGCUAUUGAACACGGCAUGGAUGCAUUGCUUUGGUCAACAGCAAAACAGUUGGUCGACAGAGCGCGUGGAGAUCAUGGAAAUGGAGGAAGGAAUAACGUGAGUGUCAUAAGUCGAGCAAGUUUCGUUUAG